AUGUUUUGGAUUUUGCCUAUAGUAUCAAGCAUUUGGCUUGGAUAUGAGCUGAUCCCAUUUCUCAAAGUCAGAGACCUUAAUAUAAUGAUGAGAAUAUUCAGUGGAUGGCUUUUAGGCGUUCAAAUCACAGCAAUGGCAUUAUACGUUAUUAAUUUCAUUAUUCCGUUUAAUUUUGUUAUUGUUCUUAUAAUUUCUGGUGGAGAAAUCGCUGGAUCUUUAGUUCUUCAUAAAAAAGGCCAAAAAUCUACAUUAUCAUUUGAAAAAGCUCCCUGGUUUAUUGCUUUUAUUGCAUUUGUUGCUGGUUGCUCAUUCAAACACUUAUCUGGUGUUUACAAAUUGGCUCCAGAGCAAUCUCCAACAGCAUUAACCCCAAUUAUGGACAGAGAGUUAUCUUUUAUUCAUUCAGUUCUCUAUGGAUUGAAUAACCGUCGCAGAAAUGUCUUAUUUUAUGCAGAUCCAAUGAUUUCAGGCAAAUAUUACUACGGAUAUUCCUUACCACUCUUAUAUACAGCCUCCUUAAUGUCCACAGGCUUAUCAUACAGCGGAGCAUCAAUCGUAAUAUGCUUUAUUAACACAAUGGCAACUGCUUUUUCAAUAUUUAAUUUCGCAAAGAAAUACACACGUUGGCCAGCCUUAGCCGCCUUCGUUUACAUGUUUUCAGGCAGCUGGGCUGGCUUUUUAUACUUCAAAGCCGCAAAUCGACUCAAUCCAAACAAUGAUUUAGUUCAUCAGCUUUCCAAGUCACAUACAACAGUUUGGUAUCAUUUAUUCGGUUACUUACUCAGUCUCUCCAAAGCUACGUCGUUUACUAUUGCUUAUUCUCAGUAUUCUAUUUUCUGGAUGCCAUCCGACCUCAGCGCGAUCUUUGCGGCAUGUUGCCCGAGUGUUGCCAGUUCCGCUGCAUUAUUUGCAACCCUCUUUGGUAUGCAGAAUGAGAAUAAAAUGCUGAUUGGCUGUACAUUGACUUUAAUCUUGCGAAUCUUCCCAUUUGAUUGGACUUACAAGCCAUUAUUCAGAGAAGCCGAAAUGCGCGGAACAUUCUUCGCGCCAAUAGUUAUUUGGUGGGUCGGUUUAGGACCAAUUUUCACCAUAAUCGCUGUUUUCUUUUGGGUUCUUCCGAAAAGUACGUUUAAAUAUUACUUUUUAUCGACAGUUGGACCUUUCCUGCUGCUGAAUUUCUUCAGGGAAGGUAAUGACCACCUGCAGAACUCGCUUGCUAUUGCUUGUACGUUGUAUCCGCUUUCAAUUGUCGCAUUCGUCGAAUUAAUGAGGAGAUUCAUCAAUUGGCCGGACGAUGAAGAGAACAAAGGCAUCGCAGCAUUCUUCAUGACAUUUACAAUCGCUUUCCUGUUGUUCGGAGGCUUUAUUGUCUCAAGAAGAUUAGAAUUUCCAAGACAAUACAUGAUUUCAGAUGAAGACAAAGAAGCAAUACAAUGGCUUCGAAAAAUACCAAAAGAUUCAAUCGUUUACGGUUCUCCUAAGCAAAUGUCGCCGAUUGCUGUCAGCGGUCGUCAGCAGUUCUUAGGAAACAAACACGAAUUGUUCGCUCUUGGAGUUAAUAUCAAGAAGAGGCUGGAAGAAGUUUCUCAACUUUCAACUGAAGAUAUUAACGUUUGGAAGCAAUUAAAGAUUACACACGUACUUGCUGAACCAGUAAGUAGCAUCGUGGCACCUGAUGGUUGCGAAGAAAUUUCAAGAAACGCAAAAUACUCUUUGUGCAAAAUUCCCCAGUAG